AUGACCCCGAACCACAAGAAGGACGACGAAGACAUCCCGCUGGACAAGAACGGACGCCCCAUGGUCAAGUUCUUCCGGUGGCGCAUGAGCCGCAGGAAGCGGCUGUGCAUCAUCUUCGGACUGAUCUUGCUGCUGCUCCUUAUCGUACUGCUGAUCUUCCUCGUCAUCAUCCCCGCCAUCAUCCAGCACUACAUGAACGAAGUGGUGCUAAGCAUCAACUACAUGGACGUCACUAGCAUCCCGAGCGACACGGAGAUCGAUGUGACUUUCAGCGUGAACCUGCAGCACGACGUGCCGGUCUCAGCUACGACCAAAGCGAUGAACGCCUCGUUGAUCUACGGCGGCGUGACGUUCGGCACUGUGGGUAUCGAGGCGCUGGGCAUCAAGUCGGGCAAGCAGAACUACAACUUGACUAUGGACACGACCAUGGUGAUCUCCGACCUGGACGGAUUUAACGCUAUGGCGGAGGCGAUGAUGGAGGACGAGACGGUCCCGAUCUCAGCUGAGGCGGAGGUUGACGCUCACGCUAUGGGUCUUUCGUUCAACAACCUGAAUUUUGGGCGGACGCUAUCGCUGGUAGGUUUUAACAAGUUCCAGACCUUGGAUCCGGAGGUUCAGCACAUCGACUUGUGGGGGUGCAGCGACGGAGUGUACGAAAUGGACGUCAACGCGUCAAUCAACAAUCCGUCAGCCAUGGGGCUGCAAGGCAUCGGCGCACUGAACAUGAGUGUGUACUACAACGAUAGCUACCUGGGUUAUGCGUAUUCGGAGAAGCCGGAGCUCGGAAUGCCGCGAGGACUGAGCAACCAGAGUUUCCGCGUGGUCAUGUCAGAGGACUCGUCUGCACUUGAGGGCGUCAUUACAGGCUUCUUCAGCGGUGGCAUCGAAGUGAACGUCCGUGGUGACAACCCGUACUCGACGGAGUACACGCAAUUCAAGGAAGCCAUCAGCAAGGUCAACAUGACAGUGGAGUACGACGACGGACCCAACAAGGUCUCCUUCAACACUUCGUGCGUGUCCAGCUUCCUGACGGUGCUAGGCUACUAG